CCGCCAUCUUGUCCGCCAUUUGCAAUCGGCCCUGAGCGGGAGCGCGGCCCCUGCGAAGCGGGUCGGCGCCGCCGCUACCGCCGCUGCCUCCGCUACCGCUCCUCCACGGACCCCGCCGCCGACCUGGCCUGGGAGUCCGCCCCGCCGCGGCGGCCGGCAGCGCAGCGCUCCCCGGGCGGCACGCGCGACCCCCGGGCCCCGGCCCCGCGCCCGCUUGCGGGCCUCCCGGGGCUCGAGGCCUGCGCGUUCCCCGGCGGCCGCCGCGAUGGCCCUCAAGAUGGUCAAGGGCAGCAUCGACCGCAUGUUCGACAAGAACCUGCAGGACCUGGUCCGCGGCAUCCGCAACCACAAGGAGGACGAGGCGAAGUACAUCUCUCAGUGUAUUGACGAAAUCAAGCAAGAGCUGAAGCAAGACAACAUUGCAGUGAAAGCGAACGCCGUCUGCAAGCUGACGUAUCUGCAGAUGUUGGGGUACGACAUCAGCUGGGCUGCUUUCAACAUCGUGGAAGUGAUGAGCGCCUCCAAGUUUACGUUCAAGCGCGUCGGCUACCUGGCUGCAUCUCAGUGCUUCCACGAGGGGACCGACGUCAUCAUGCUGACGACCAAUCAGAUCCGCAAGGACCUGAGCAGCCCCAGCCAGUACGACACUGGAGUUGCACUGACUGGUCUGUCCUGUUUUGUUACCCCAGAUCUUGCGAGAGACCUGGCAAACGACAUCAUGACGCUGAUGUCACACACAAAGCCUUACAUCAGGAAGAAGGCCGUGCUGAUCAUGUACAAGGUGUUCCUCAAGUACCCCGAGUCGCUGCGCCCUGCCUUCCCGCGGCUGAAGGAGAAGCUCGAGGACCCAGAUCCUGGGGUCCAGUCAGCGGCGGUUAACGUCAUCUGCGAGCUGGCCAGGCGCAACCCCAAAAACUACCUUUCCCUCGCCCCGCUCUUCUUCAAGCUGAUGACCUCAUCCACCAACAACUGGGUCCUCAUCAAAAUCAUCAAACUGUUUGGUGCUCUGACUCCACUGGAACCGAGGCUGGGCAAGAAGCUCAUCGAGCCACUCACCAACUUAAUCCACAGCACAUCUGCCAUGUCUCUCCUCUACGAAUGUGUGAACACGGUGAUUGCAGUUCUCAUCUCCCUGUCCUCCGGCAUGCCUAACCACAGUGCCAGCAUCCAGCUUUGUGUCCAGAAGCUGCGGAUAUUAAUAGAAGACUCUGACCAAAACUUGAAGUACCUGGGGCUGCUGGCCAUGUCCAAGAUCCUGAAGACGCACCCCAAGUCCGUGCAGUCCCACAAGGACCUCAUCCUGCAGUGUCUUGACGACAGGGACGAGUCCAUCCGGCUGCGGGCGCUCGACCUGCUCUACGGGAUGGUGUCCAAGAAGAACCUGAUGGAGAUUGUGAAGAGGCUGAUGAGCCACGUGGACAAGGCAGAGGGCACGACCUAUCGUGACGAGCUGCUCACCAAGAUCAUCGACAUCUGCAGCCAGUCCAACUACCAGCACAUCACCAACUUCGAGUGGUACAUCAGCAUCCUGGUGGAGCUGACGCGGCUGGAGGGCACCCGCCACGGCCACCUCAUCGCGGCACAGAUGCUGGACGUUGCCAUCCGUGUCAAGGCCAUCCGCCAGUUCGCCGUGUCCCAGAUGUCCACACUGCUGGACAACGCCCACCUCAUCGCCAGCAGCACCCAGCGCAGCGGCAUCUGCGAGGUGCUCUAUGCCGCCGCCUGGAUCUGCGGGGAGUUCUCCGAGCACCUGCAGGAGCCCCACCAGACCCUGGAGGCCAUGCUGCGGCCCAAGGCCACCACCCUGCCGGGGCACAUCCAGGCCGUGUACGUGCAGAACGCAGCCAAGCUGUACGCGGCUGUGCUGCAGCAGCGGGAGCAGGCCUCGGACCGGGAGGCAGCCCAGGACAUCACGCGGCUCCUGGUUGACCGGCUGCCCCAGUUCGUGCAGAGCGCGGACCUGGAGGUCCAGGAGCGGGCGUCCUGCAUCCUGCAGCUGGUCAGGUACACCCAGAAGCUUCAGGCCAAGGACGUGCCGGUGGCCGAGGAAGUGAGCGCUCUCUUCGCCGGGGAGCUGAACCCCGUGGCCCCCAAGGCCCAGAAGAAGGUCCCCGUCCCCGAAGGCCUGGACCUGGACGCCUGGAUCAACGAGCCCCUCUCGGACAGCGAGUCUGAGGACGAGAAGCCCAGGGCCAUGUUCCACGACGAGGAGCAGAGGCACGCGAAGCAGCGGCCGCCCGAGGUGGACGAGGAGGAGCUGGCCCGGCGGCGGGAGGCCCGGAAACAGGAGCAAGCCAACAACCCGUUCUACAUCAAGAGCUCUCCGUCCCCUCAGAAGCGCUACCAGGACACUCCGGGUGUGGAGCACAUCCCUGUGGUGCACAUCGACCUCUCGGUGCCUCUCAGGGUCCCAGGGGUGCCCAUGUCCGACCAGUACGUGAAGCUGGAGGAGGAGCGGCGCCACCGUCAGAGGCUCGAGAAGGACAAGAAGAGGAGGAAGCAGAAGAAGGAGAGGGAGAAGCGCGGCCGGCACCGGCGCCACAGCUCCCUGCACACGGAGAGCGACGAGGACAUCGCCCCCGCCCAGCAGGUGGACAUCGUCACCGAGGAGAUGCCCGAGAACGCUCUGCCAAGCGAUGAAGACGACAAAGACCCCAACGACCCCUACAGGGCCCUAGACAUCGACUUGGACAAGCCCUUGGCCGACAGUGAGAAGCUUCCUGUCCAGAAACACAGAAACGCGGCUACCUUGAAGUCCCCCGAGAAAGAGGACGUCCCUGUGCUGGAAAAAAAGAAUCAGAAACCCAAAAAGAAAGAGAAGAAGCACAAGGAAAAAGUGCGAGAUAAGCAGAAGAAGAAGGAGAAAGAGAAAGAGAAGGAGAAGAAGGGCGAGGACCUGGACUUCUGGCUCUCCCCGCUGCCGCCUGCUGCCGCCCCGUCCCUGCCGAUGGAGGAGCCCAGGCUGGAAGCUGUCGUCACAGCCCCGGAGGAGGAGCAGGGGGGCAGAGAAGCUGGGCAGGAAGGACACGAGGACGAGGACCGCAAGGAGCAGGAGCAGGGGGAGAAGUCUCCAAAGCCCAAGAAGAAGAAGCACAAGAAGGAGAAGGAAGAGAAAUCAAAAGAAAAAAAGAAGUCGAAGAAGCAGCAUCACGGCGACGGGGCGGUAGCAGAGCCUGUGCAGAACGGCGCGCUGGAUGAGGAGCCUCUCCCGCCCAUGUCCAGCUACUCCCUCCUCGCCGAGAACGCCUACGUGAAGAUGACCUACGACCUGCAGGGCAGCCUGCAGGAGGACAGCCGGGUCACCGUGUCCGUGAUCCUGGAGAACCAGAGCAGCAGCCUCCUGAAGGGCAUGGAGCUCAGCGUGCUGGACUCCCUCAACACCAAGAUGACCCGGCCCGAGGGCGCCUCUGUGCACGACGGGGUCCCCGUGCCUUUCCAGCUCCCCCCAGGCGUCUCCAACGAAGCACAGUUCGUGUUCACCAUCCAGAGCAUCGUCAUGGCUCAGAAGCUCAAGGGGACACUGUCCUUCAUCGCCAAGAACGAUGAAGGGUCGACCCACGAGAAGCUUGACUUCAAGUUGCACUUCAGCUGCUCGUCCUACCUGGUCACGACACCCUGUUACAGUGACGCCUUUGCCAAGUUGCUGGAGUCUGGGGACCUGGGCAUGAGCUCGAUCAAAGUCGACGGCAUCAGUAUGUCCUUCCAGAACCUUCUGGCAAAGAUCUGCUUCCACCAUCACUUUUCCGUUGUGGAACGAGUGGAUUCCUGUGCCUCCAUGUACAGCCGCUCCAUCCAGGGCCACCACGUCUGCCUCCUGGUGAAGAAGGGAGAGAAUUCCGUGUCGGUCGACGGGAAGUGCAGCGACGCAACCCUGCUCAGCAACCUGCUGGAGGAGAUGAAGGCCACGCUGGCCCAGUGCUGACGGCUGCUUGGGGACGGCGCCGCGAGGCAGAUUUCAAGUGUUACGUCACUCCCGCGUCCCCGGGAACCAGGUCCAGCCGGGCGGCUGACUUCCAUCUGCCCCAGGGUACAUGUCGCGUUCAUUUAUUUCAUCGUCCUUUUGUACUUUGACUCUUCUUCACUCUCUGUGGCAAGAAGCCCCCUGCUCCAGCCCCCAAACCAAGGAGGGGCCCCCGUGGCCAGCAGUGCCUCCCGCCCAGCUCUGCUCCCCAUUCUGAGCAGGGCGGCUCUCCUCUCAGGCCCACAGGGGCCACCCAAAGAGGGAGAGUGACCGCUGUCCCGGGCACCCUGGCCGCCCAUUUCUGUAAAACCACCUGGGUCCUCAGGGCCCCAAAACAGACCUCCCGGCGGGGUCUGCAGGGAGGUGAUGGGCAGGCUGGGCUGGCCACGCGGUCCUCAGGGCAGGGGAGCGGUCAGCGCAGGUCAUUGUCCACUACUGGUGUCCUCAGUGUCCCCCCACACCGCAUCCACGUGCCGUGGCCAGGCCCCAGGACCCCAGCUGAGGGCCGAGCUGCAGGGCUAAAGGCGCUUGGAGGCUGAGGCGGGGGCUGCGGCCUGGGGAGGCGGGCCCGCCAUGGUGGGAGAUCCAGGCGGAGCAGGGACCAGCCUUUACUUUUUCCUGCUGGGUAUACCUGUCCACUUUGUUUGGGAGGUGAGCAUUGGCGUCGUACAAUUCCACGUCCCCUCGCCUUGUCUCUGUCUACACCACAAGGUUUGUCUUCAUGCUGUCCCUGUAGCUGCCGGGGGCCUGGGGUGAAGGAACUGGGAGGGACAAGCACCCUCUCCCCUGGGCCAGGUCAGCACGCUGGGGGCUGCCGCCUCUCCAUGCUAGCCCGCCGUGCGUGAGGCUGAACUUCCCUCGGACGAUGGUCCUCGGGGACAUUUUAACUUUUCUUUUUGAUGAACUGUCACUUUAGCAUGUAAUCUAUUACAGAAUCCCGUGCAGUGAUUCUAGAAUUUUGAAAUUGUAUGAUGUGUUAUAUAAGAAUUUAUUUGCUAUCGACAUUCCCGUAUAAAGGAGAGAGACAUAUCAUGCUGCUGUAAUGAUUUUGUGUCGAGAUGAUCCAAUAAAAUUGCAAAACACAUGUUAA